AUGCCAGCACCAAGGACAGAAAAAGAAGUCCGAGGCUUCUUGGGAAGGUUACAGUACAUUAGUCGUUUCAUCAAUCAGUUGGCCGAUACCUGUGGCCCAAUUUUCAAGCUACUUAGGAAAGGAGUGGCAGUCAAAUGGAAUGAGGAUUGUCAGGCGGCCUUUGACCAAGUCAAACAAUACCUGCUAUCCCCGCCAGUCUUACAACCACCAAGGCUAGGAAAGCCUUUGCUACUGUACUUGUCGGUAACAGAAGAAGCAAUGGGGGCCAUAUUAGCUCAACAAGCAGAAGAUACAAGGAUAGAAAACGCCGUGUAUUACCUCAGUAAGAGGAUGCUGGAAUAUGAGUUGAAAUACAACAAGAUAGAAAAGUUGUGCCUGGCUCUAGUCUGGGCCUGUACCAAGCUGCAACACUACCUCUCGUCUUCUUACACUACAACACGUAAUCUCUGA